AUGAAGGGGAGCGCUAUGAAGAAUGGCUGCCCAUGGAAAGUCGAGAAACAAGAGCCUUACCAUGUCAUUCACAAGCUUCCUCCUGGUGAUAGUCCGUAUGUUAGAGCCAAACAUGUUCAGUUAGUUCAGAAAGACCCAGAAGCAGCGAUAGUUUUGUUUUGGAAGGCGAUAAAUGCUGGUGAUAGAGUAGACAGUGCACUCAAAGACAUGGCAAUAGUAUUGAAACAACUAGAUAGGACUGAAGAAGCAAUUGAAGCUGUUAAGUCCUUCAGAGACCGCUGUUCCAAACAAGCACAGGAAUCACUAGACAAUGUCCUCAUUGACUUAUACAAGAAAUGUGGGAGAUUAGAGGAGCAGAUUGAACUGCUGAAGCAGAAGCUUCGGAUGAUUAACCAAGGAGAAGCAUUCAACGGAAAGGCUACAAAGACAGCUCGCUCCCAUGGAAAGAAGUUCCAAGUCACCAUCAAGCAAGAGACCUCCAGGAUACUGGGAAAUUUGGGUUGGGCCUACAUGCAGCAGACAAACUUUGCAGCUGCUGAGGUUGUAUAUCAUAAAGCUCAGCAGAUAGACCCUGAUGCUAAUAAGGCCUGCAACCUGUGCCUGUGCUUGAUCAAGCAAACUCAAUAUGCUGAGGCAAGGUCAGUUCUUGAAGACAUAUUCCAAGGUAAGCUUUCAGGAUCUGAUGACCCAAAAACGAGGAAUCGUGCAGAUGAACUAUUGAAGGAACUAGAGCAAUGCCAGUCUACAGCAUUAUCUACAACCCCUUUGGAAUUGAGUUUAGAAGACGCUUUUGUUGAAGGGCUUGACCAGUUGAUGAACCAUUUGGCCCCAUUUAGAUCAAGAAGACUACCCAUAUUUGAAGAAAUAUCAACAUACAGAGAUCAAUUAGCUUGUUGAUCUCUUUUGUUUUUGUUCUUUUUUCAUCCAAGUGUGUGAGCCAGUACAUACAUGUUCAUAAAACAAGAGCGUAAGAGAGUUUCUGUUGUGUAAAAUAUGCAUUCAGAGAGGAGUUGCAGGGUAAUAUAGCCUUUCUAAUGGACUAAUUUUCAGUUGUGUAUAAUAUGCAUUCAGAG